AUGGUCACUGACAAGAUCCGCCCAUACAAUGAUGCCAGGAUCUCCUAUCGUUCCGCGCACCUCAACGGCGUAACCUACGGGUACAUCUACUCGCCCCGUUCCACCCUCGGACCUAACCGUGGCACAAUCUUUCUGAUCCACGGCUUUCCCGACAUCAGCCUAGGCUGGCGAUACCAGAUCCCUUUCUUGACCUCCCUCGGCCUGGACGUGAUCGCUCUCGACUGCAUUGGAUACGGGCGCACAGACUCCCCCCGCUUCAACUUGUCGUAUUACACCUACAAACGCAUCGCAACCGACAUCAGGACGUUAUGCGCGCAACUCAGCCUAUCGCAGAUCAUCCUAGGCGGUCACGACUGGGGCGGCGCCAUCGUCUAUCGAGUUGCCCAAUACUACCCAGCUCUAGUCACCGCUGUAUUCAGUAUCUGUACGCCUUUUUUCCUCCCUAGCGCGAAAUACGAACCUCUUGCGCAAUUGAUGGAUAAGAGACUUCCCAACUUCGCAUAUCAAUUACACUACGUGUCCGGAGAGAUCGAAGAGGCUGUCCACUCGAUGAUGGAAAUCCGGCAGUUCCUGGACAAUAUUUACGGGGGACGGACAAGCGACGGACGCGAUGGCUUCGAUGCGGAGAAGGGCAUCGAUCUCGGGGUGCAAAGGGAAAUUGGGAAGAACCAGCUGCUGAAUGAGGAGGAGAUGAAGUACUAUGUCGCGGAGUUUGCGCGACAUGGAUUGAACGGACCGUUGAAUUGGUAUCGGAGCCGCGAGGAGAAUUAUGUCAAUGAAUGGCGGGACUUUUUUCUUGAUGGGAAUGCGAGUGAGGUGGAGGUGAAGAAAAGAGUGACGAUUCGUUGUGAGGUUUUGUUUGUGCUUGCCACAAAUGAUAACACGCUGAAGUCGUUCAUGGCAGAACGAAUGGCGGAGCGGAUACCGAAGUUAACAAGGCGAGAGGUCGCGACCGGUCACUGGGCUCUUUGGCAAAAGCCAGAUGAUGUCAAUCGGCUCAUUGGGGACUGGCUAAAGGAGAAGGUGUUCCCUCAAUCAGAAAGGGAGAGCAAGUUAUAA